AUGCAUGCUCAACAAGAUUUUGAGAUUGUUGUAGUCUUUUUACUGAAAGACUACUUGGACGACUUCCAGGAAGUCUUCUACGAUGUUUUACUCUCUGGACGACUUACAUGUCUUAAAAUGGAUUUACCAGAACUUCCGCCGAGGAUGUUUACAUUAGGAGAAGAGCCCGAUGCAAUGAGGAGCAUUUCGUAUCAUUCUGAUGACACGAAGUUGUUUAAAGCUCUAUGUGAUUGUCUCCCAGCUGACGAAUAUGAGGAUCUGAAGGCGUCGAAGUUGGGAGUGUUCAUCAAAUUCAAGGAGCUUGAGUUUGGUUGGACUUCAAGGCUGGUACAUUUUUUGCUCUGUUUCCAGAUGGACAUCAAGAAGAAGUUUGAGCUCUGGAGUCUUGUCGCUUCACAACCUGCGAGGUUUUCACUGAUAGAGUUUGAACACCUCACUGGUCUGAACUGCGAUUACAUCAAGGACCUGGAAAAUCCAAGGUGUGAGGUUACGAAGGAGAUGGCUGCUUUCUGGGAGAAGAUGCGUGUUGAUCUCGAUACUGGGCCAAGUAUUGAACAAAUAACAGAAGCAUUUUACCACUGCGACGAGUGGUCUCGGGAUGAUCGCAUGCGGCUGGGAUACCUUGCCAUCUACGCAGGAUACAUUGAAGGGAAAAAGUUCUCAUCCGCUACACCAGCUAGUCUUGCAAGGCUAGUGCUGAUGGAUUCUCUGAAGGCAAAAGACUUGACGCAAACAAGUUAUACUGUUGAUGGGUUCAUACAAGUCGUCAAAGUGUGGGCGUACUAUGCUAUGCCAGAAUUGGGUGCUAAUUAUGGGUCUCCUAAGGACCUUGAUAAAAAAUUUCAAAAGUGGGACGGAGACGUAGAUGACCCUGCCGUGGAUAACAUAAUUAAAGUCAUGUUUAAGGAUCCUGGAUGGAAGUGGACCAUGAACUGCUGGCAAGUCACCGGUACUCACAAGGUUGUGAAGAUGGAAGUGAGUCCAGGGAAAAAUGAAGUGAGUCCAGUGAAGACGGAAAAACUACAAUGA